AAUCAAACUGUUAGCGGACUUCAAACCGAUCGGUCGAAAAUUGUUGGGGAACGGAUUACAAUUCGCGAGAGUGCAUAAGGAUUAACCAUGCUGACCUGGACUUUAUGGGGUGGAUUACUGUUCCUGCUGUGGUUGUACUUUCUGUGGAGCCGGCGCAGAUUUUAUAUGCUCACUCUCAAGAUUCCGGGUCCACUUGGAUAUCCUAUUCUGGGUAUGGCCCACUGGCUGAUGCGCAGAGAAGAUAUACUUAAUUCGUUCGGGUGCUUUCUGGACAAGCACGGCCCGACAAUAUAUUCGUGGCUGGGACCCAUUCCCUUCCUGAUUGUCAGUGAUCCCCAGGUUGUGCAGGACAUCUUCACAUCGCCCCACUGUGUCAACAAGGGUAUCAUUUACAAGGCGGUGGACGAUGGAGCGGGCAUUGGACUGUUCAGCAUGAAUGAUCCCCGGUGGAGCAUCCAUCGAAAGCUGCUGAACCCCGCCUUUGGCCACAAGGUUCUACUUAGCUUCCUGCCCACUUUCAACCGGGAGACGGCAAUUCUUUUGGAUCAACUCAUGCCAUUGCAGGACGAUGGAGAGAAGGAUCUCAUUCCAUUGCUGCAGAGGUUCACCCUGGGCAUAGCCACCCAAACUACCAUGGGCAGCGAUGUCAAGGACGAGGAGAACUUCAGGAGUAACUCUCUGCUGGGCAGAUACCAAUGUAUUUUGGAAACCAUGACAGAUAUGUGCUUCUCGCCUUGGCUCAACAGCCGAUUCUUGCGCCAGCUGGCGGGAAUAGAAUCCCACUACUACCAGGCUAAGACGGAAAUUCGCCAGUUCAUCAGAAAGAUUAUUGAAAAAAAGUUGGCCGAUGACGAAAGGAAAACAAUACCUACCAUCCAAUCCAACGACAAGAAUAUAUUUCUCAAUCUCGCCACAGAUUUGCUGAGAAGGGGAGUCUUUACCCUGAAAAAUGUUGAGGAUGAGUCGAAUAUUAUUGUCUUUGGCGCUUUUGAAACAACCGCUAAUGCCGUUUACUACACCCUGAUGCUGCUGGCCAUGUUUCCCCAAUAUCAGGAGAGGGCCUUUGAGGAGAUUAAAGCCAUGUUCCCUAACACCGGGGACUUCGAUGUGUCCUACGCCGACACUCAGCAGAUGGUGUAUCUGGAUCUGAUUCUCAACGAAUCGAUGAGAGUCAUACCCCCGGUUCCAGUUGUAUCCCGACAAACCUCGCAGGACCUGCAGCUGUCCAACGGAAUAGUGGUUCCUCAGGGGGUGCAGAUCGCUAUCGACAUCUACCAUAUGCACAGAAGCAAAAAGAUUUGGGGCCCAGAUGCGGAAACCUUUAAUCCAGAUCAUUUCUUACCCGACAAUAUUCGGGACAAACAUCCCUACGCCUACAUACCCUUCACCAAGGGAAUUAGAAAUUGCAUAGGUUGGAGAUAUGCUUUGAUAUCGGCUAAAGUUACCCUUGCUAAAUUAUUGAGAAACUAUAGGUUUUCAACGAGUUUUCCGUUUGAAGAUCUUUAUUUUGUUGAAGAUAUAACAAUGAAGCUAAAAACUGUGCCACUGCUGGAGCUGCAAAAAAACAAAAAACCGGCAAUGUCGCUCACCGAUGUUUUGGAGUUAAAUAAAACCGAGUUGUUCGCGAAGAUUCGCGACGGCUUGCCCGUGAUGCAAAAGACGCAGAACCUGCUGGACUGCAAGGACGACCUGCUGUUCGCCUGGGACUCCAAGGAGAGCUGCUUGCUGGUGCGCAAUUGGCGUUCCUCGCUGGCGGCCGAGGUGAAUGUCCAGUACCAGACCCUGAUCCCCUCGAGCAUUGUGAGCGUCGAGGUGGACCGCGUUCUGGCCUCCAACGAAGGCUCGCUGGUAGCGCUCAGUGGACCACGAGGUGUGACGGUCAUGGAGCUCCCCCGCCGCUGGGGAACCGAUGGAUACUACAAGGACGGCAAGAACCGGGUCACCUGCCGCACCUACAGCCUGGACACCCAGUUGUUCCUCAAUAACCCUCACCUGGAGGUGCGCCAAGUGCGGUGGCAUCCACACUCCGUUUCGGACUCCACGCUUCUGGUGCUGCUCAAUAACAACACCAUUCGGGUGUACAACCACUCCAAGCUGCGCCACGUGUGGCAGGUGGGCCCAUCCAUCCUACGGAGCGGGGCCAACAGCUCGCUCUGCGACUUCGGCGAGGUGGCCGUGGACUUCGACAUCGCCCCCGCUGGAAAAUCUCGUGACACAGAGCCAGCAACUAGCGGGGAAAACGAAACCACUCUGGAUAAGAGCAACAAGACCCUGAUGGCUGCCAAAUCGCUACCAAAGCAGGAGAGGAUCGAAUGGCCCGUUGUAGUGCUGCGCGAGAAUGGAAACAUAUACAUUUUGAUGACUGGCCUGGACUCGGAUAAGACGCGACUGCAGGGCCCCAUCACCAUAACGCCCCAGGCAAGGGACAACUAUGGCCUGGAGUCGUGUGCACUCAUGAUUAUCCCCUCUCUCCCGCCAACUCUAAUUAUAGCCGAGUCCAAUGGAAAGCUUCACCAUGCCCUCCUCAUGGAGGCGGAGUCUACCGAGCAUUCCUUCAACGAGGUGGACGACUUUGUGCUUAUCGAACCCGCCGAGUACGUAAUCCAUGUUCUUGAAACUGUUGAACUGGAGUUGGGUCUGGCUGCCACUGGAGCUGCAGCAGGAGGAGAAUCCUACAGCUGCCCAGUUUAUUUAAAGCGUGACCUGAUCAACGAACUGCGCUACUUUGCCUACCACAAUGCGGGCCUCCAUGCGGUGACAGUGAACUUUAUCUCAGAGCUGCAGCGCUAUCUGGACAGCGAGUCCGAAGAUGACAGACUUGAGCUGGCGGCCUCUUCCCGGGCAGAGUACAUUCUUUGCACUAAAUUCGACUCCAGUGAUGCCGUGAAUGCAGUCUUUGGACUGGCCCUAUUGCAAAUUCCCGCUGGAGUGGUUCUUCUACUCGGCAGCGGCCAGGUUAUCAGUCUGAAGCUAGUAAUCGAUGCCCAGCUUCUUGUGACACCCAAUGAGAAAAGGCAGACCGGAGCGGAUGCGUCGCAGCAGGAGAGUGGGCCAUCUUUUGUCGACACCAUUAAGUCGCUGCUGCAGCGCAGUGUAAACCAGCCCAUCCUGGCGGAUAAACUUUCAUCGCCAUCUGCUCAGGAGAGCUACGAACUUCUAAACCAGGCCAUUGAGGUGCUCCGCGAACAGUACCUUAAACGACAUGACCUCGUGCGUGCUGCCUUCGCCCGACACAUUAACCAAAUCAACUUGAAGAAGGACCAACAGAAGCAGGAGAUCCAGGAUCUGGAGCAGGAGCGCGAACUGAUCAGUGAGCGGGCCCACAAGCUGGCCGAGCGGUUCGAGGAGAUCAGUUACAAUCAGGAGCUGCUCGUGCGCAAGUGCAACGGUCUGAUGCAAAAGGCCAAUGCUGCACUACCUAAUAGCGUGGUGGCCGAGCGGGAGUUUUCGCAGGAGGUAGCUCGUCUUAACAAGGUCACCCAGAGCAUGGCCGCUGGAUUGGAGGACGCCAAGAAGACGCUGAACAAGCAGCGCUACCACAUUGCCAAGAGCCAGGAGGACCUCAAGAAGAACGCUUACGAGCUCCCGGAGAAGCAGCAUCGCACAAUCACAGAGAUACUGACCCAACUUACCGGGGAGAUCGAUCGCCAGAUCACCGACGUCAAGCGCAUAAACAAAAUCGUUGGCGUAUAAAUGCGAAUUGAAAAGCACACUGUUAUGAUUUCGCCACGUUUUUGUUGAUAGUAAACCCGUUGCGUAGAACUAAAACGUAAUAAUAAUAAACAUGUCGAUUAAGUCCUAUA